GACUCAUUCUUUUACAAGCUAGAAGAACGAGACAAAACAAAAAAACACAAAAAAAAACCUAAUAUGUCUUACAAAAGUGUUUCAUAUAUUGUCACACACGCAUAUAAUGGUCCCUUAGCUUUGAAGCCAAGAAGAAUUCAAUGAUUACGUGCCUCACAUGCAAAGUUUUACAUUUUCUUUGUAUAGCUCAUAUUUCUCAUAUCUUGGCUUUUAAUUUUAUCAUCAAAUUUUUUGCUCAAUUUCAAGAGAUGGGUAAUGUCAUGAUCAUGCAACAUGUCUAUACUCUUAGUUCUUCUUUAUAGAAUCUACAAUUUCCUCUCCAGACAUCCAAACCACUUAAGCCGGGUUUCCACCACCUUUUCUACGAUAGAGUUUAAAUAUAAUUGGACAAAAGGGAAUAAAAAUGGCAUCUCUCAUACCUGGAGUUCUAUUGAAGCUUCUCCAAACUAUGGACUCUAAUGUGAAAGUUCGCGGCGAAUACCGCUCAGUCCUUCUGCAAGUGAUCAGCAUUGUGCCUGCAUUAUCUGGUUCUGAAUUAUGGCCUAACCAAGGUUUCUUCAUAAAAGUCUCAGAUUCAUCUCAUUCAACCUAUGUCUCACUCUCCAAGGAAGACAAUGAGCUUAUUCUGAACAAUAAGUUGCAGCUAGGGCAAUUCUUUUAUGUUGAUAAGAUCGAGCCCGGUACACCAGUCCCAGUUCUAGUCGGGAUUAGACCAGUUCCUGGAAGACACCCUUUUGAAGGUAAUCCAAAGGAUUUAAUGCAGAUGUUGGAGUCAUCAGAGGGUCGAACGCAUCCUGAAAAUGGAGUUAAUGGUUCGAAAUCAACGGAUAUAAUAAUAGAAGCGAAAGAAAACACAAGUUCAAGGCAGAAGAUUGUUAUUAAAGAAGAAAAGGUUGGUGUUUCAUCCAGGUACAUGCAAGGUGUUGUAAAUCCAAACUUAAAAGUGAAUUUUCCGGAUACAAAUGUAGGAAGCAAAGUUAAUGAUUCAGAGAAUGGUGUAGAUGGUAAGAAGGUGGGAUCUACAAAAGGAAAGCAGCAAGAGAUUAAAGGUCAGGUACUCCAAACAACCUCAACUCGUACUCGACUUGAAGCAUUUUCAACGAAGCAAGACGUUGCUCAAUCAAACAUCCAAGAGACAGCCAUGCUACCUUCUAAAAGCACUUCUAUCAAGCGCAGUUCCACAAAACAUGAAAAUUCGAACUUGAAUUUUUUGUCGAAUAAUCAAGAUAAAAGAAUCUGUAACGAGACAAUUUCAUGGUCCAAUUUGCCAGCCAAACUUUUAAGGCCUGGAAAGGGAAUUCUUAGAAGGAAACAACUAGCUUCACAAGUUGUAGUAGAAGCUCAAAAAGAAGCAUCUGAAGCAGCUAAGAUAGUUAAGUGCUUAAGUAUGUUUGCAAAUAUCUGCUCUUCUGCAGCAUCAGAGAACCCACAUGUCACACUAGAAAAGUUUUUUGCACUCCAACAGUUCAUGGAGCAGCCAAAUGGUACAACUCAAUCGAAAUCGAAAUCCAUUCAAUUACAUAAAAUUCAAUCUCCUGCAGAAAAACAUAAAAAUGGCAAAACAGCAGGUCUAGUUCAUGCUAAAAGCACAUCAAAGUCUCCAAAACCAUUAACAGAAUUAUCAAUCACUGAAAAACAAGAAUGGGCCAAAGAGAACGGUAUAAAACAGAUCAACGAGCUAAAAGAAGUCUUAUUGAACGAAACAAGAUCAUGGUUCAUUAGGUACUUAGAAAAUACAUUGGAUGUUGGAUUUCCUAGGGCCUUCCAAGAGAAGGGCAAGGAAAGUAAGGAUGUUGCAGGAAGACAAAUGGCACAAGCCAACCACAUAGCGUUGACAUUGUCCCACCUUAAGCAUGCAAAUGAGUGGCUAGAGAAACUGAGAAGCAGUUUAAACUCAGAAAAUGAAGGGCUGGUGGAGACUAUUGACAGAUUGAAGCAAAAAAUUUAUUCUUCCUUGCUUUUGCAUGUUGAUUCUGCUGCAUUUGCUUUGGAAAACCGAGCUUGAUUCUUGGACAAGAAACUGUUUCAGAAGAAUAUACUGUAAUGUUAUUUUAUAGGUUAAAUUAUACGUGGUUGAGCCAAGCAUUGCUAACGAAAGCUCGGCUUACUCUAUUUAUAAGUGCAAAAUGAUCUGUGUGUGAUGCUAUUUAUACCUAACAAUAAAAAAGGGAAGGGUGGGUUUGAAGUAAAAUUAUAUUUCCCCUUAAAAAUCAAAACAAUGAAUAGCUUUUUUUUCA